UCUUUCCAGAAGGCGUGUUGCGGGAAAAGAAAGCGCAAGGGAAGUGACAAGUCUUUUCAAGUCAGAAGUCAAAAGUGAAACACCGGCAUCCUAUUUUGUGAUUUCUGGUGAUCUUGAAAUAAUUGUUUAGCCCAAUAUUUGGAAUUCCGUCAUGGACCUGGAUACACAGAUUAAAGAGCUUGAGAGCGAUUUGAAUGAAGUCCUGCGAUUGAUAGAGAGUUCUGGAAGAAAGCGGGUGCAGACUGUGCUUAAACAGGAGCAACAGAAGAUUGAAAAGGAGCUGGUACAAAAACGGCAGCUAAAGGAAAAGCAGUCUAAACGUGAUUCGGGAGAUACCUCAACUGUGAAGGGAUAUACUGUCAAAAUCAGUAAUUACGGGUGGGACCAAUCUGAGAAAUUUGUGAAAAUUUACAUAACACUAAAGGGAGUACAUACGAUUCCAGCAGAAAAUGUUGAAGUCACCUUCACAGAAAAGACUUUUGUUCUUCUUGUGAAAGACCUGGAUGGGAAAAACCAUCAAAUGACUAUCAACAACCUUUUAUGUCCCAUUGACGUCCAGGAAAGCAGUCGGAAGGUGAAAACAGACAUGGUCAUUGUCAUGUGUAAGAAGGCUGCAGCGAAGAAAUGGGACUGUCUAACACAGGUGGAAAAGAUAGCAAAAGACAAAGAAAAACCCAACUAUGAUGCGAACGCUGAUCCAAGUGAGGGCCUUAUGGGCAUGCUGAAGAAGAUGUACACAGAGGGGGAUGACGAAAUGAGGCGCUCCAUCAACAAGGCCUGGUCAGAGUCCCAGGAGAAGAAGGCCAAAGGAGAUGAAGUGGACAUUUGAGUGGGCUUCGUAGCCUAUACACAACCCCAUUUAUUCCUGCCCUGGCUCAGACUCCGGACCAUGCAGUCAGGCCAGGCCAUUCCACUGGGGGCCUCAUUCCGUUUAGGUUCCACCACUGCAUUGUUUUUGUUGUCUGUUUGCUUUCUUCACUUGGCUUUGUGAUUUUGCGGUCUUCUUAUGUUCAAAUUUGUCCAGUGUGCUUUGGUUACUGGAUUAUGUACUAUGAUUUAAUUCACCGAUUCAUAGAUUUGACAAUAAACCACAGCUUCAAAUUGAAGUUGAGGUAAUGAAUAAAAUGGCUCAAAUGUG